CCGACCUGGGCCUCUAGCCAUAGCAACCUUACCACUCACUUCCCCUGGGACAGAGGCAGCAUACCUGGCCUCUCCGAAGAGCCAGGGUGAUGCAGGCAGGGGAAUCCCACCUGCUCUGAGUCACCUGCCAGUAUAAAGGGCGGGCCUUACAACGCAGGGACCUUAAAAAGAGACUGUGAGACAAAGGGAAGGAAAACAGGAAGCAGCUUAGAAAUCAGACAGAGUCAGACUCAGAACAAAAGGAGGCGGGUUGAGACUCCACAGCUCAGUGCAGAUCACAGAGCCAGCCAGACUUGAGAAGCAGGCAACAGGAUGCUGGAUUGCAGAGCUGUAAUACUGCUGUGGCUGCUGCCCUGGACCGCUCAGUGCCUGGCCAUACCUAGGAGUAGCAGUCCUGACUGGGCUCAGUGCCAACAGCUCUCUCAGAGUCUCUGCACACUAGCCUGGACUGCACAUCCACCAGUGGGACAUAUGGAUCUACUAAGAGAAGAAGGAGAUAAAGAGACUAAAAAUGAUGUCCCUCAUAUCCAGUGUGGAGAUGGUUGUGAUCCUCAAGGACUCAAGGACAACAGCCAGUUCUGCUUGCAAAGGAUCCACCAAGGUCUGGUUUUUUAUAAGCACCUGCUUGACUCAGACAUCUUCACAGAGGAGCCUUCUCUAUUCCCCGACAGUCCCGUGGGCCAGCUUCAUAGCUCACUACUGGGUCUCAGCCAACUCCUCCAGCCAGAGGAUCAACAUUGGGAGACCAAACAGCUGCCUACCCUGAGUCCCAGCCAGCAGUGGCAGCGCCCCCUUCUCCGUUCCAAGAUCCUUCGAAGCCUCCAGGCCUUUGUGGCUAUAGCUGCCCGGGUCUUUGCUCACGGAGCAGCUACUCUGACUGAGUCCUUAAUGCCAACAGCUUAAGGAUGGCAUCCAGGUUCCUGUGGCUACAAUGAUAAGAGGAAUCUAUCAAUCCAGGCAUCUACAAGCUAACUAGCCCAUCAGGACCUUUUCUUGUUUCGUGUAAAGGGCAAGGACAGCUUUAUAAACAAACAAAAGAACCAAAACAAAACCCAGAGCAGAGAGCACCCUAGAGGAAGGAGAUGGAGAAGAGGAAUAUAAUCCUGCUCUUUGCCAUGGAAGCUGGCAAGCAGCUGCAUGGCAGAAGUGGAGAGGGGAGCACCAGAGAAAGUAAGAAAGCUCAGAGCAUCAGAAAAAGUGAGCCCAGGCUUUGGCCAGUAUCUGUAAGAAAAACAAGAAAAGGGAAAAGCUACACUUCUCUGAGGGACUCAGGAAAUAUGUAGUCUCGCUGUGCUGCAGACAGCAGCCCUGUAACUUCCUGCUUCUUCCCAUAGUUCUAAUGGAGCCUAGUCACUAAGAACUAACCUAGCUACCAAUAUGGCCUGACUCACGAUGCUGACCUGAGACAAAGCUGCAUAUUUAUUAAGUGGGAAGGGAAAUUUCGGUGUUAUUUAUUCUUGUAGCAAUUUCGAUGGUUGUUAUUUAUUAUAUUUAUAUGAAAAUUUGUA